AUGGCGGGGGCGGAGUAUGAGUACUGUCCAUUCAUGUUUUGGUACCCGCCUGCGGUGUGCUAUUACAAGCGGUUCGGGCCUGGAAUUGAUGAAGACGACACUAAUGCGGCCGUGGCAACAGACGGGAAGGAUAUCCAGCCAUACGCCGCUGGUGAGGGAAACGACACAAAUGCCGUCAACGGGGCAAACUCGUCGCGCUUCUUAUCUCUGCCGGCAGAGGUGCGGCUGAGGAUCUACUACUGGGCUUACAGGAUGAGUCCGAUCCAGCCCAAGGAGCUGGCGGCGGGAUAUCCGAUCCCGAUGCUGUGCCGCUACGUGUUACAUCCGCUGGACCCUGAUCUCGAACAACAGAUAGAGCUAGAGAUUGAAAACGAGCAGACCAUUAUAGAUCUCGCGAAGGAGUCCAAGUGCUCAGACGAUGGCGCGCAAAAGGAAGGCAGUGAGCAGAAAGAAGGUGGCGGGCAGAAGUGGGAAAAGAUGAGGGCGGAGCAGGACAAGAAGAAGCUCAUCAAAGACAGGCUGAAGGAGAGAAUGCGGGAGCUCAACAUGACGACGCCGGGCUUGCUCAGCUCGGACCGGCCGCUGGCAGGGAUGCCGGCGAGCUUACUUUGUACCUGCCGGCAGGUCUACUUUGAGGCGCGGGAGAUUCCGUUUGCCAACAACGAAUUUGUCUUCCUCAACUGGUUCUCCUCGGGACUCAAUGCUGCAGCGGCCGUGACCAAGUCGCAGCGGCCGUGGCAGCGCCUGGCCAUGCGGUACGCGCGGCUGGAGCUCAUGGCCGAGGACCUGGCUCGGAAGGCGGCCCUGAGCAAGUGGGCGGAGCUGUGCGGCCCCGGACCGUCCGCAUCGUGGACUCGGGGCCUCCGGGGCCUACGGUUGAAAAUUGUGGGCCAGGUCGGCAGGAGGAGCGAGGAGGCGAAAGACGACGACGAGUUUGUUGACGGGCUGGAGGAGGUGGGUGGUGCCAAGCGAUGGGUGGAAGAAGGGCGGCUGGCGGAAAUGGAGAAUCUGGAGAGAUUGGAGAUUGAGAUUAUCAAGAACUCGUGGGGGACUAUGGAAAAGAUGGCGUGGUGUGCGGCUGUUGAAGAGGCUUUGAGGGAGAAGGGAUCUAAGGCGAUGGUUGUGAGCAUGGGCAGGAUCCUGUGA